GCGAUCCGUGUGCCGGAAGUGGCGUAACCGGAAGAAAAACCGAAAGUUCUAUGGCGGCGUUUUUUAUUGUGACUGCUAUUCGCUAAUGCGGUAUCUAAGCGAAGAUUUUUGCUUUUCGUAGUGGAAUGUUUCGUGAAGAUGAAUCGUCUGCACACAGUCUGUCAGUUAUAGCCAAAGUAUAUAUACAUUAAGCCAUAAUCGAAGAGAUGGAUGACAUCCAGGACAGCUCGGACUCGGACAAUCAUCUGCACAGUCACUAUUUGGCGCCAGACACACCGGAUUCACUGAAUAAUGCCUGUCUGUUGAAUGACAGUGACCCUCUGUUUGAAGACCGUGGACACUUUCCUGAAUUCUCCUCCACUUUUGUUCCCGAGACCCCUAGCCCCCUGACUGAAAGAAGAAAACGUCAUUCUCAUAAAGAUGCCGACAGAAAUGUGGCAACAUCAUCCUGUACUGAUGGAGGAAAAUGCGAAACACGUGAACCCAUUCCAGGUUACCUUAACACCACUCCGAGCUCCCAAAGAACGAUGAAGCGGCGCAGGCUGGAGGGCUCAAGUGCAAGCACGCUGCAGGGACACUCUACCGUUACACUGGGAGCAAAUGCAUUUGUAACGGCCUCGUCUCUUUUACCCUCUGAUUUUACAUGGUUAGAGUCUCCACGUCCAACAACUUCCUCUGCUUCUCAUGUUUCUGCAUCUUACAAGCCCUCGUCCUCAGCUGGGUCUUCCACGUCUGCACUGGACCAAACUGGUGAUCCGGCAUAUUUAAAUGAGCUGCUAGUAAUGGGUCACCCCUCUAAGCAAAAAACACUAAACUCCAGCAAUGGAAGGGAACAGAGGUCUAAAAAGACCAUCUAUAGCAAGACCAAAUCUAAAGCCUCUAAAAGUACACCAGCACACUCUUCUUUACAAGCAAUAGAGCAUGAAGCUGCACUGCUGGAUGCAGCAAAGAGAAUGCAUGAACCAGCAAGUUCACUUAUAUGUGCGAUACCAGAAGAUAUUGUCAUCAUAGAGGAUGACACAGAUGAGAGCAUGGUCCGCUCUGUUCAGAUGGCUGAGGAUGAAGCGUAUGCCAGAAGCCUUCAGGAACAGUUUGAUAUGGAGGAACGAAUGGAGCAGCAGAGGCUCCAGAACAGAUCACCCGGCAGAAACAACCACAGACACAUGGUUGAUCCGUAUGUUGGCUUGGGCUGGAUUUCUCCUUGGGCCUCAAUGAUCAACUCUGCAUCUUUCUCACACGGACCCUCUGAGCUUUCAGAGCUGCAGCAGGUCAUCCUAGGAGAGCAACCCCGCAGACAACAGGGCCGUCAUCAAACUGGCAGAACUCGCAAUUCUCGCCGCAGGCAAGCUUCUCACUUGCAGAUGGACUUGUUCGAUGACAGCCAGGGAAAUAAUUAUGAGGCCCUCUUAGCGUUCGAGGAGCAGCAAGGUGCCGUAGUAGCCAAAAACACUCUGACAAAGGCCGAGAUCGAGCGGCUACCCAUAAAAACAUACAAUCCCACACACAGCGCAGGAAAGACGGAUUGCCAGAUCUGUUUCAGCGAGUACAAAGCGGGUGAACGACUCAGGAUCCUUCCAUGUCUCCACGAUUACCACGUCAAAUGCAUAGACCGCUGGCUCAAGGAGAACGCCACAUGUCCCAUCUGCAGAGCAGAUAUAUCAGAGUGUGGCGUUUUGUCUUGAGCGCACACCUUCAGGACUCAAUAUCUACCUCACAGCCGGUCAUAUUACCCAUUUGACUUUUAAUCGUACUUUAUAUGUUAUUAAAUGUUUUUUAAAUGCAAAAUGCUGUUCGAUGUUUGUACCAGCAUAAAGCGAUGUUUUAUUUAGAGAGAUCCUUCUAAAACAUAUCAGACACAACUGUAUCACUCCAGUGGCAACAAACCUGUGAGCAAUAGCUAAACUUGAAUUUUGGAUUUUCAAAUAAAUUCACUUAUAUGUAUA